AUAGACACUGGAUGUCUGGAUGGCAUAGCGCUAAAUUUGAGACCGGCAAAAUAGCAAUUUUUCCCCCUGUGAGCCCGCGACGCAGCGCGAGGUGCGGCCCCGUCCCCUCGCCACCGGAGGAGCAGGACGACGAGGUGGCGCCGGCGCGAGGUAGUCGCGCGCCUGGAAGAGCGGCGGCAUCAGAGUCGCAGGCGGAGGCGAGGAAGUGAGGGGAGAGCCCUAUAGCCACCGCCGCGGGGCGUCCUGCUCGCUGCACGCACUCCCACCAUUUUGUCCCAACUCGAAGCUCAGACUCGUGCUGUCGUGCACUUCCCCUCCCCUAGCAUCCCAAGCUCCUCACUGAGAAAACAGGAGAUGGGAAGAGACGGGGAACAGACUAGGCGCCGGAGCCGCAAGAGAUCCCGCGACGCCUCCCCCUCCUCGUCGGAUUCCGAUUCCUUCGACUCCCCAUCCUCUCCGAGCAGUAGCCCUGAGCGACGGAGCCGCAGCAGUAAGCGGAAUAGAUCAUCCUCAUCGCACCGCCACAGCCGCAAGAAAAGCGACCGGUCGCGGAGAUCCCGCGACGAGGACCGCCGGCGGCGGAGAAGACGGGGCCAGGAGAGAAAGCGGCACGGUGGGGAUGGUGGCAGGUCCUCCGACUCCCAAUCGUCGGAGGAGGAUAGGGCGGAGGAGGCGCGGGAGAUCGUCCGAGAUAUACUCAUCGAAUUGCCGGCCAUAGCCGAAGAGCUUCGCCAGCUUCUCCAAAUUAUAGACAGUGGUGAAAGCAUUGAUAUUUCUGGAAUUUCUGACAAACUAUUGGUGAAGCGCUUGAAGAAACUUUUCCGAUCUCUGAGAUUGAAAGAAAGUGCAAGUGGGGCUUACUUGUUGCCUUCAAAAAAUGUUCCUACGCUUGAUAUUGUUGGAUCAUUACUAUUAGCAAGUUCCAAACUUGCAGACAACAAAAGUGGAAAGCCAGUGUCACCAAAUAGAGAAGCACUACAACAGGCUAACUUUGAUGUGCAAAAUAAAGAUAAAGAUUAUAUUGUUUCCGAAGAGCCAAAAAUUGUUGAUGUGGAAGAGGAACCUCCUAAAAGAAGGAUAAUUGGUCCUGCAAUGCCAUCUCGUGAAUUAUUGGCUGCAGCAGCUGAAAUGACAGAGGCUCUUAGGGAUGCUGAACUGGAAGCCAAUGAUGAUUUGCUCAUAGGCCCUCCACCGCCUGCCGUAGUUGCUGAAGCUGCAUCUGCAAAUGAAGCUGAGCGAUUUGAAGAGGUUACUAGAAUAUUGGCAGCUGACACAAAUUCACCUUAUGAGGUUUUGGGGGUAAAUUGGAAGAUGUCAACUGAUAACAUGAAGAAAAGGUAUUGGAAGUUGUCUCUUUUAGUGCACCCGGACAAAUGUCCACAUCCUUCCGCACAAGAGGCAUUCGUGAAAUUAAAUAAUGCCUUCAAAGACUUACAAGACCCUGAUAAGAGAGGUGCAAUAGACGAGAAGAUAAAAAAGAAAGAGGAGAUGGAACAAUUUGAGGUUGAGCUUAAAGCAAUGCGUGAGGCUGCGGAAUGGAGACGAAUACAAGGUGUAUCACUCGCAGGUGAUGAUGAACUUUUAGCAGGUCCAAAAGAGUCACAGAGACCUACGAGAGAUGAAUGGAUGACCACAUUGCCACCUGAGAGAAAAGCAGGAGUGCCAAUGCAUUCAACUACAUCAUUUAGUAUGAAUGGUAAAGAAGGACGUGGAGACACAAGUGUCUGGACUGAUACCCCUCUUGAUAGAGCACAAAAAGCACAACAAAGCUAUCUAGAAGCCUACAAUAAGACAAAGGCAAUUGCAGAAGGCGACGACGUGAAGAGCAAGAACCCGGAUGCUUCAAUCGUAGAUAAAUACAACACCUCCAAACGAUCAGUGUCCCUUGUGCAGAAGCACCGAGAGAGUAAAAAGGAGAAAAAGAAGCAAAAGCAGCAGGAGAAAGAGGAAUGGGAGGGAAGCCACCCAUGGAAGCCAUGGGACCGGGAGAAGGAUCUGUCUGCUGGGCGCCAGAAUGUGGCCUUAGACGCAGAGAACAUGUCGCAAGGAUUAUCUUCCCGUUUCGCAUCUGGUGCUGUUCAGCGGAACUUCCUGUGAGCUGUGUGGAAAGAUACUCCUGGAGCUUGGUCUAAUCGAUGAUUAAUGUCCAGUUAUUACAUCCUGGUCGGCAGAUGGCAAAGAUAAUGCUGACAUAUAAAAACGAGUUAUGUUACCAAGGACCAUCGUCCUGUAAUAUCGAUCGUGCUUGUUGUGCUUAUUUUCUCAGUGUAUUAUCGGGUGAGCUAAAAUGGUGCCAUAGUUUGUUCGUACGAUACAAUUACUUUUUUUUUCAACAUGUAUUAGGAUUGUAAUUUCUUUUUACUGAUGCUAAAAUGUCUAGCUCAUGGGGUUGGGUUAC